UGGUGCGUUCUACAAUUUAUUCGUUCUUUCUUUUUUGUUUUUCGAUUUUUUGUCAAUUGAAUUCUGCUUUUAUAUAUUUUUUAAGUUUGUUCAUAUUUGGAUUCUGCUCUGCUUUUAGUUUGAUAAUGGGGUUGUGAUUUUUAUAAUAUCUUUGUUGUGGAUUACGACCUUAAACUGCGUUGAUUUUGUGCUGUAGGAAUUUUAAUUUUGUAGCGUUUAUAUUGAUUUGCAUCUGAGAUAAAGUCUUCUAAUUGCCAUUAUGCUAAUGCAUAUGGUGAGAAGUGAUUGGAAGCAUAUGUUGUUUAGAUAUAAAUUUCAGAUCGCAAUUUGAUUGUUUGAAUAAGCUUGUUCAAUCAUAUCUGUUGGGAUUGCUAAGAUUUCUGUUAUAAAAAAAAAAAACUCAAAAGCUCAAAAAUCGACCCAACCGAUCAAACUUAUCUAACUAAAUCAAUUUAAAUUAAUUCGAUUUGAUUCGAUUUUUAUCCUUGUUCAGUUUGGUUUCAAAAAAUAUACUCAAUUUAAUUUUCAAUUUUUUUUAUUUAAUUUGAUUCAAUUUUGAAUUCAACCAAAUGCUUGACUGUACACAUAUGCAUUUGAGUUUGAAAUUCAAAAACUCCUCAUAUCAGAUGCUAUGGUGACUUGGAUCUUAGACCCUAAAGUUUACUUGAUUUACAGGUUACAGGCUAUAAAUGUAUGAGGGACAUAUAAAUGCCUGUUCUUUUAGGUUUUCUAAGGCUUUGUAAGUGAGAAUUUAUCUCAUCCCAUUUCAAUUUCCAUUUAUCAAUUUUCUUUCCAGGGUUUAAAAUCUAAUUACUUUGCUUAUGAUUGAAUGUGCUAAAGACUUUUGUUUUUCUUUAUUUACUAAAAAGACCAUAGGGAAAAAAGAAAAAGAAAAGCAGUUUUCUAUGCUAUUUAAGUGUUUUUUUUAUCUGAAAUAUGGUUUGUUUAUUUGUUAAAUUUUAGAAAUGUUGGCGCAUUUGAACUGGAUCUUCGAUGAUGCUCAAAGGGGCAAUCCUAUAGAAAUUGAUCAUUGAUGCUUAUGAGUGCAUCAUCUGAGCCCCGGUCUGUUCUUGCUUAUUUACAUAUUUUGGCUUAUCUUAUUCUUCUUAUUGCAGAAGCUUGGACUUAAACAAUGCUCCUCACCAAUCUCAGAUGUCCAAUUCUUCUCAAACCCAUUACUCUUCCUCUCGCAUUUCUCUCUACUUACGACCUGCCACAGCCCCAACCACUAUACCGAGACCAAGACGAAGACCAAUCCAUCAGCAUUACCAGCAGGUCUUACUGGACGAGGAAGAUCCACAAUCUCUGUACCCAAUACCGCAAAGUCGAUCAGGCUCUUGCCCUUCUCGAUCAUCUCCGCCUCCGCGGCUACCGCCCUGAUUCUCUCAAUCUCAGCAGCAUAAUUCAUGGGCUUUGUGAUGCCAAACGCUUCCAGGAAGCCUACCACCGCUUUGUCCUUUCCAUUUCCUCUCACUGCAUCCCGGAUGAGCGGACUUGUAAUGUACUUAUUGCUCGCUUGCUUGAUUCCCAGUGCCCACAUUCCACUUUGCAUGCCUUGCACCGUUUGUUUGAUGUUAAGCCAGAGUUUGUGCCUUCUGUUAUUAAUUACAACCGUUUGAUUUAUCAGUAUUGCGAGGUUUCGCUUCCGAAUGUAGCGCAUAGAUUGUUGUUUGAUAUGAUCAGUAGAGGACAUUCCCCAAAUAUUGUUACUUAUACUACUUUGAUGGGUGGGUACUGUCGAGUUAGUGCAGUGAAUGUUGCAUAUAUGAUGUUCGAUGAAAUGCGUGAGCAUGGAGUGGUACCUAAUUCGCUAACUUAUAGCGUGUUGAUUUGUGGGAUUUUGAGGCAGCGCGAUGCUGAACGUGGGAAGGAGUUGAUGUGCGGUCUUUGGGAGACAAUGAAGGAUGAAGAAGACCACUCAGUCAAUAGUGCUGCUUUUUCAAAUAUCAUUGAUUCUUUAUGCAGAGAAGGUUUUUUUAAUGAGGUUUUUAAGAUUGCAGAAGAUAUGCCACAAGGGAAGAAUGUGAAUGAGGAGUUUGCUUAUGGGCAUAUGAUUGAUUCACUUUGUAGAUCUGGAAGAAACCAUGGAGCUUCAAGAAUUGCUUAUAUAAUGAGAAAGAGAGGGUUCACUCCAAGCUUAGUGUCAUAUAAUUCUAUUAUACAUGGGCUCUGCAAGCAGAGAGGAUGCAUGAGGGCUUAUCAGUUGUUUGAGGAAGGGAUUGAAUUUGGUUACUUGCCAUCUGAGUAUACUUAUAAGGUUCUAGUGGAAGCUCUAUGCCAAGACAUGGAUCUCUACAAGGCAAGGAAUAUUCUAGAGUCAAUGUUGAAGAAGGAAGGGGCAGAUAGGACUAGAAUUUACAAUAUAUAUUUGAGAGCACUUUGUCUGGUCAACAGUGCAACCGAGCUUUUAAAUGUUCUUGUUUCUAUGCUACAAACUGAGUGUCAUCCUGAUGUGAUCACUCUCAACAUAGUUAUUAAUGGGUUUUGCAAGAUGGGAAGGAUUGAAGAAGCUUUGAAAAUGCUUAAUGAUAUGACGAUGGGAAAAUUUUGUGCCCCUGAUGCCGUGACCUUCACUAGCAUCAUAGGUGGUUUGUUAAAUGUUGGGAAAACUCAAGAAGCUCUCAAUCUAUUUCAUCAAGUAAUGCCGAAAAAUGGAAUUAGUCCUGGUGUUGUAACAUAUAAUGCAGUUCUUCGUGGCUUGUUUAAACUUCAGUUAGCAGAUGAGGCAAUGAGGGUUUUUAAUAGAAUGUUAGCUGAUGGUGUGGCUGCCAACAGCACCACAUACUCCAUAAUAAUCGAUGGAUUAUGCGAUUCUAACCAAAUUGACAAGGCUAAGAAAUUCUGGGAUGAUGUUGUUUGGCCCUCAAAAGUUCAUGAUAAGUUUGUUUAUGCUUCUAUUCUCAAAGGGCUUUGUCGCUUGGGCAAUUUAAAUGAAGCUUGCCAUUACCUGUAUGAACUGGUAGAUUCUGGGGUCAGUCUAAAUAUUGUUAGUUACAACAUUGUGAUUGACUGUGCUUGCAGGUUAGGCAUGAAGAGGGAAGCUUAUCAAAUUGUUAAUGAAAUGCGAAAGAAUGGUCUGGCCCCUGAUGCUGUAACUUGGAGGAUUCUUGACAAGUUGCAUGGUGCUAUGAAGGGAUGAUAUGGUGUUAGGAUUCAACUUGACAGUUCUUAGGAGGAGACUUGUGUGAAAUGGAAGGGAUAAAUUUCAUAUUCAUGAAGCACUAUGAACAGGGCAAUUCCUGUUUGGGAUUGUAUACCAGAAGAAUGGAUUUCUGGCUUCCCUCAAUGGUUUCCUGCUUGAGUUUCCCCUGGAGGUGUUGACAUUUAGAAUGGAAAACAAUAACAAUGUCAACCUAAAGGUUGGCGAUGAUGGUUCGAGAGGGGCCUGCAUAGUUCUAGAAGGUUUGGAUCGCAGUGGAAAGACUUCACAAUGUAGCAAGUUACUCUCUUACUUGGUCUUACUUGGAGGGACUCGGGCAUCCGACUGAAUUGUGGCUUUUUCCUGAUAGGUCGACUACCAUUGGACAGAUGAUAUCUGCUUACCUCUCAAAUCAGUCUCAGCUGGAUGAUCGCACAAUCCAUCUCCUAUACAGUGCAAAUCAGUGGGAAAAGAGAAAGCUGUAAAAAGAGGAGGCUAUAGGGGAGAAAGAUAUGAGAAACUCGAGUUCCAGAGGAAAGUUGCUGAAAGCUAUCAGGCCCUUCAUGAUCCCUCUUGGAAGGUGCGAAAUUUAGUUUGCAAUUUGAAUGCAGAUGAUAGAUGGCAGCAAAUCCAUGGAAGAGGUUCAAAAACAGCUUAAAGAGAUUGUGUUGGAUCAUGUCUUAGCAUGGAAGACCUCUUUCCCACCUCUGGUGAUGCAGAUGCUAAUUCUUCCUGCUAAGAGGAUUUGGGUGACUAUUAAUUUGGAAGAAAAAUGUUGGACUAUAUUAUAAAAAAAAAUAUUUUCACGUUA